AUGAACACCAACAGAAUAAGAAAGCUCGUUGAUCUUACUAAAACGUUUAAUCUAUAUAAAGAAAAUGAAAAACUAUCUUAUAUAGAUCAAAUAACUUCAACAAGAUUAUUUACUUUAUCGUUGUUUUCUUCAAUUCUGAUAAUAAUUUUAUUUACAAGUUUGAUUUCUCAAACAAACCUAGUUAUAGUUCAUACACCAUCCGAAGAUAUUUAUAAACAAUUUUCAAUUAAAUAUCGUCAAACAUUCUCAUGUUUAUGUCAACAAAGUUCAAUAAAUCAAGGUGAAAUUGUGUCAUUUAAUCCAGAAUACCAUCCAAUCUGUUCCAGUCAAUUUAUUGAUGAAGCAUUUCUUUUAUCCUUAACUGAUAUCGAUGUUAGUAAAUAUUGGCCAAUUGAUUAUCGUUUAAUGGUUUCAUCGCAUGUUCAACUUAUCCAAAUAUUUUGUCGAAUGAUAAAAGAAAAACUUAGCAUUGUUUUACAGGAAUUUUCUUCUCAAUAUGUGAUCACAACUCAAGCUUUAUCUGUUGAGAAUUUCCAAAGUCAAAUAUCAACACUUGUUAAUCAAUUUCAAAAAAAUACAAUUACUGCACAAAAACAUAUUAACAAUUUCAUUUGGUUUAACAUUUUUUAUAACAGAAUGUAUCCCGGAUUGCGCAGUUGUAAUUAUAUGCGCUACAUCUUGAAUAGUUCUACGAUCCUAACACAGCUGUACGGAAAUGUAUCAACUUACUGUUCUUGUAGAAAAGAUGACGAAUGUACAUAUCCAGCUUAUAUUUAUAAUAAUACUGGACGAAUAGGAAUCAACGGUGUUUCGCUCUAUGGUACAUUUGAUAAUGAUUCAAAUCUUCUGUUUAUUUUACCCAAUACAAAGAUUGGUUGUUUUCCGUAUAAUUCAUUGUUAAAUUCAACAUUAGAAUGUUUUUCUGAUCAAUUAUGUUUAAACUCGCUUCAAAAGUUUAUUCCCGGAUUUGCUUUGGUCUCACCAGUGGAACUUUCUCGAUACUCGGCAGAAACGUCAAUAAAUGACUUGUUGAAUAAUUUAUUUCUUGAAUCCUGGAAUGAAAUCUAUAAUUUUAGUAAAUAUUAUGAAACAUGUUCUCCAAAACUGUGCACAUAUUCGUUCGAUCGAUCAUUUAACAUUUUGUAUAUUAUUGUUACUGUAUUCAGUUUAUUUGGUGGAUUAAAAGUUGUUUUAUUUCUUCUCACACCGAUAUUUAUUCAAUGCAUACGAAAAAUAGAGAAAUCAUUUUCUCGGACAGAUCAGACAACAACAAAUAUUCGAAGAAAUGAAAAUCAAAAUUUAAAAAAUCGUGUUCUAAGUACUUGUAGAACAGUUUUACAAGAAAUACAAACAUACAAUAUGUUUCCAUUGUUUAAUGAUAUUAAAGAUGGAAUUUAUUCAACACGUUUAUAUAUUUCAGUUUUAACUUUUGGCUUAAUCAGUUUAAUAUUUUAUUCAUUCGUUCUAACACAACUUCGUUCAAUAACUAUAAAUAAUCCUUCAUUUAAUGCUUAUCAACAAUUGGUUGAAAAAUAUUCGUCGAAGUUAACUUGCCCAUGUUCACAAAUUUCAAUAAAAUACGCUUCGAUCAUAGAUAUAAAUGCAACCUUACAUCAAGUAUGUUCAAGUGAUUUUAUCAAGGACGAUGUCUGGUUAUUAUAUAAUGCGAAUCUCGUCGGAAUUUUUCCUCUAAAUGAUUUCCGCACGACGGGUAUGGGAUCAUUUCGUAUUCUUCAGAAGUUGUGUAUUUUAUCAUACGAAACUAUAACCAAUGAACUCAAUGUAUUUAAUAAUAUGCAAUUUUUCACGAGCCAAGUGACAACAAAUGACACAUUUAAUAUUCAAUUAUCUUCGAUUAUCGAACAAUUUAAACGACAGACAGUCGAUUCUUUUCAUGAUUUAUUUGAAAUGAUUCAAACAUCCAUCCGAGUAAAUCAUUUGCUAAAUCCAGCAAGUGCGGAUGCGACCACGAUAUUCUUAUCAUUAAAUGGCAGUACACAAGUAUUCUUUGAAUCAAAACGCGUUUUUGAUGAUCCUAAUUGUUCAUGUGCCAUCAAUGGAUUCUGUCGAACGGAAACAGUAUUUAAUUGUAUAGGAUCGUGUUUAAGAAAUGAAAGUGGAUAUAAUUUAAGUGCGCCUGAUUGGUUUGCAAGUUGUUCACCAGUCGAUUCACUUUCAAUAUCUUCACUAACAUGCUUUUACAAUUCAACAUGCGUUCAAAUGUUAAUUGAUGCUUAUCCAUUGGGAAUGUCCAGAAUUACACUUAAUCCACGUGCAGCUAAUGUGACAACAUUGAACCCGAUGAUUAAAAGUCGUUUUACACCUUCAACAAGACUGGAUGAAAUCAUUUCCGAAUUAUUUAUUGAAGAAUGGACUCAUUCAAUGAGUUUUCACAAAUACUUCGAAGAAUGCUCACCCAAUAUAUGUGUCUUUACUUAUGAACAACGCUUUAGUACAUCUUAUAUGAUUGCAACAGUAACUGGAUUUAUUGGUGGAUUAUCUGUUGCGCUUAAAAUAUUAAUUCCUCUUCUUGUUAAGUUUAUUCGACGAAUCUCUCGUUAUUUUUGUACAACAAAUAAACGAAUUGAAAACGAACAGAAUUUCACUCGAAAAUUAGCAACUUUUCUCUUUCAAUGUCAAGACUCUCUUAAACAAAUGAAUUUUUACCAUGGAAGCCAAUCGGAAUGUGAUAUAUCCUUAAUUAAACAACAAUCUAUCGCAACUCGACUUUAUACUCUUUUUUUCGUGCUUUCGAUUAGCAUUCUACUCAUAUUUCUCAAUCUCGACACUCGUAUUAAUUUAACAAACAUAUCUUCGCCAAGUUUAUCAACAUUUGAAUAUUUACAAAGCAAAUAUUCAUCAACAUUAAUAUGCCCAUGUUCCAACAUUGCAAUAUUAUAUUCAGCAUUUGUUUCUAUUAGGCCAUCAACUUAUCACCAAAUUUGUUCAACUGACUUUAUUUCAUUAGAUUUUAUCACAUUACUUUGGGGCAAGGAAACGCAAGAAGAAUAUAUGACUAAUUAUGAUAGGAAAAAUCUAGCUGGUUUAUUUUAUGCUUUAUCGUCGUUUUGUACAUUGGCACAAACUACAGUUGAACGAAAUAUGAAAACACUUGCAGCAAAGCAACUUAUUACACUUAAAACAUUAACAUAUGAUUCAUUUCAAAGUCAAGUUGAUUCAAUAGUCAAGAAUUUUAUUGUUGAAACAUUGGCUCACUUUCAAUGGAUACAUCAUUUUAUUACUGAAAUGUUUCAUGCAAAUCAAUUACAGCAUAAAUUCAAUUUAAAUUGGCAAUCUUUUGCUCCGAAUUCACAGAUAAACUACGAAAUCGAAUCAUUCCCCAUAUGGUUUAACGAAAGUGGACAAUCUUGUGUAUGUACAACAUCACCAUCACGAUGUUUUCGAUCUUUACUCACAAUUUAUAAUCAAACAAUACGAAUACCAGGUGUAUUUUUUGGUUGUCUACCUAUUGAUGGUCUUCGUCGAUCAACACUUGAUUGUUUUUACAACUUAACAUGUUUAAGUCGAAUCGCUUCUUUUUUCAAUAUUACUAGUAAUUUUCCGAAUGCUCUUAAUCAAUAUAUGCCAACUCGCUUCAAUCCGUUGUUAUCUGUGACAUUUGGUGAAUUAAUCGAUGAAUUAUUCGUCGAAACAUGGCAAAAUUCGAGUAAUUAUUCAAACUAUUAUUCGUCCUGUUCACCAUCCUCGUGCGAGUAUAGUUCUGUGGAAAGAAAUAGUAUUUUAUAUAUGAUAACAACAUUUCUUGGUUUGUACGGCGGAUUAACUAUUGGACUGAAAGUAUUUGCUUGGUAUAGUUUACGUCUUUAUUGGCAUACAUGCCGACAUAUUACUAUUCGUUGUCGUAGGAAUCAAGUAGUGCCGCUAAAUUCAAACUAA